GAGCCCGCCGGCCUUUUUAACGGCCGCUUCCCCUUCGGCGCCUCGGGGCUGCCCAGCCAGCCUUUGCUCGCCCGUCGCCCGAGCGGCUUCCCCAGGCGGCUCUUCCCUCCUCUCCUGCCGCCGCCUUGCCCUCCUUCCUCCGAGGGACACGAUGAUCCUCCUGGGUCUCCUCGCGGUGCAAGCCUUGCGCUUCUCCGGAGCCCUGCGCGUCCCCCCCGCCGGCUCGUGCGCCUUCGACGGCAGCGCCUGUGGCUACGGGUCAGAUCCGGCGUCCCUGCCGUGGACCCUGAGCGAGGAAGGUCAUUAUAUUUCUGUGGACACCUCACAGGGAACAAAUGGUGACGCAGCUGUACUCCUCAGUCCUGACCUAUAUACCGAAGAGUGGAGCUGUAUUAGACUGAUAUAUCAGAUUGCAACAUCUUCAGAGUUACCAGUAGAUCCUACUGCCUUAAACCUGUACCUAAGGGUGGAAGGUGAAAGUUUUGACCAUUUGCUUUGGACAACCACUGAGCGCUCGGAGAGCUGGCUCAUAGCUAGCCUAGAUAUACGAAACAGUACAGACAAAUACAAAAUUGUUCUAGAAGGCAUAUUGGGAAGAGAGAUUUUUGCCAGCAUAGCAAUUUUUGAAAUUAAGAUAACUACUGGCUACUGUAUAGAAUGUAAUUUUGAAGAAAAUCAUCUGUGUGGUUUUAUGAAUCGCUGGAACCCCAAUGUAAACUGGUUUGUUGGUGGAGGAAAUGUUGGAAAUUCACAAUCCAUCCUUCCAAGAGAUCACACUCUUAAUGAUGAGUUUGGUCAUUAUAUGUAUGUGGACUCUCUCUAUGUCAAGCAUUUCCAGGAAGUGGCUCAGCUGGUUUCACCUAGGACAACAACUCCUAUGUCAGGCUGCUUGAGCUUUUAUUACCAAGUGCAGCAGGAAAGUGGAAUUGUAUUCACUGUCUACAUGAGAGACAUAAACGGCUUUUAUGAAGAACUUUGGAAAGCAGAUGGUUCUAUGAGUAAGGAUUGGGUCUUAGGAGAAGUUGACUUCAGUGCACCAUAUCCAAUGGAGGUGAUUUUUGAAGUUGCUUUCAACAGUGCAAAUGGGGGCUAUAUUGCUCUUGAUGACAUUUCUUUCUCUCCCGUUUUCUGCAGCAAUCGGACAGAAAUUUCCUUCAGUCCUUCACAGGCAAGUUGCAGUUUUGAGGAGGAUCUGUGUAAUUUUUAUCAGGAUAACAAGGAUGGCCCUGGCUGGAGCAGGGUCAAAGUAAAGCCUAAUGCAUACAGGCCAGGAGACCAUACUUCUGGCAUGGGUUACUACUUGCUAGCGAAUACAAAGUUUACAUCACAACCUGGGUACAUUGGCCGUUUGUACAGCGGUACUUUGCCAGGAAAUUUACAGUAUUGUCUGCGGUUCUAUUAUGCCUUAUAUGGCUUUUUCAAAAUGACUGAUGCCCUGGCUGUUUACAUCUUUGAAGAGAACCAUGUGGUACAAGAGAAAAUCUGGUCUGUCUUGGAAACUCCCAGAGGAGUCUGGACGCAAGUGGAGAUCAGCUUCAAAAAGCCCAUGCCUGCCAAGGUGGUGUUUGUGAGCUGGUGUAGAAGCUUUUGGGAUUGUGGCCUAGUGGCACUAGAUGAUGUAUCAGUGAGUUUAGGAAGCUGUCAAGCAGCAGAUAUAUUUCCUGCUUUUCCUGGAGAAUGUACUUUUGAGCAAAAUGAAUGUGGGUUCAUUCAGCAAAAUAGAAACCGGAGUGGUUGGCAUAAGAGAAGAGGUCAGACACCGACAUCUUAUACUGGACCCAAAGGAGACCACACUUCUGGGGUAGGACAUUACAUGUACAUAGAGGCAUCCAACAUGAUCUAUGGACAGAAGACCCAGCUUGUUUCAAGGGUAUUACGACGGACCGUCGGACAUCAGUGUCUUACAUUUUUUUAUCACAUGUAUGGCUCUGGAACAGGGCUAUUAAAUGUUUAUAUGAAAAAGCAUGGGGAUAAGGACGAGAUCCUCCUCUGGAGAAGGCAUGGUGAACAAAGCAUCACAUGGUUAAGAGGCCAGAUAGAAUAUACAUGUGAUAAAUCUCAUCAGAUUAUAUUUGAAGCAGUUCGUGGAAUAUCAGUAAGAAGUGACAUUGCCAUUGAUGAUAUUUUAUUUAAGAGAGGACCUUGUAAAGAAACAGGAGAAACCAUACUACAAUCUUCUGGUUAUUCUGCCGAUUUUAAUGAAAUUGAAUAUUGAGCUCUGCAGAAGCAGAUGGAAUAUCACCUUGUUUAUCUACAAUAGGAACUGCACAGCCCCCUCCCUGCUCUCAGUUGUAGAGUGAUAAAUACUGAACUGUUUUGUUAUCAAUGUGAAGGUAUGGCGAGAAUUCAGCCUUGCCAAUGAAGUUACUGACUCAGGGUUUCCCUCACUUUGUUUUUUAUUCUUUUUUGUUUUGCAUGUGACAUCAGUUAUUAUAAAGGGCUAUUCAUUUUGCACAGAGUGUGAAGUAAUAGACAAAUGUGGUUUUGGUAAACAUUUUUGGGCACAUAAUUACAGAAAGCAAAAUUGACAAAAUAUGUAAUUUGUCAUUGUGUUAACUAAAACUGCAUUCAGUGAAUGUAUUGUCUUUGGCAAAUUAUGGAUUUAAUUUUAGAAUUUAGAAAGAAUGGAGAAAAUACUAUUAAAAGCUAGUAAUAUUCUGUAGGUCAAAUGAAAUAGUUUUCAAUUGUUGUUCAGCAAAACCAUUCUCUUCAGGGAACCCAUUUAUAAAAAUAUUAAGUAUCACAUAUAAAUGAUUUGAGUUGGUUUUUUUGUUUUUGGCUAUUCCUUGCCAAAUAAUGAUUGUAAUGAAUCCAUUUGUCAUUCCAGCAACUAACAGAUGAACAGCUGUUAAGGUUCCAUUAAAGUAUUGAUUACAAUACAUAAACAGUGACCUGCAUACAUUACAGCAGACUAGAAUGCAGGUUUUAAAAAAUAAAAAAUAGUUUUAUAGACUUGUGCAGAAUUGUCUUUAUCAUACUCAGCCACAUACAAUCUGACUUCCUGUUAGAAAUAGAUGGUGCAUAUUUGAUUGCUGGAUAUUUUGUAUUUUAUACACCCAUACAUUUCUAUGUAUGGGUGUGUGUUUUGUGUGUGCAUGCACAUGUAUUUACAUCACGUUUUUCUAUAAUUUGGAACGAGGUAAUAAAAUACAAUUUUAAGUAAUUUCUCUGACUCCACUUAAGUGACUAGAAGUGCCUAAAAAUUCUUUUCAAACCUCACCCAUGCACUGGUAACUUCCAGAUCAGACUACUACAAUAGAUGGCUUUUGAAAAAACAAUAAUCUGGAAAAUAUAGCUAGCUCAGUGUGUGGCAGCUACUUUAUUAACUAGGGUUUGUUGCAAUGAAUACAGUCGUACCAUGGAGGUUGAACAGAAUCUACUCUGGAAGUCCGUUUGACUUCCAAAACAUUCGAAAACCGAAGCGCAGCUUCUGAUUGGCUGCAGGAAGCUCCUGCAGCCAAUUGGAAGCCACGUUGGACAUUCGGCUUCCCAAAAUAGUUCACAAACCAGAACAGUCACUUUGGGACUGCGGCGUUCGGGAGCCAAAACAUUUGAGAACUAAGCUGUUCCAAAACCAAGGUACGACUGUACUUCCGUUUCAAGAACUUCACAGGCUUCCAGUUGGUUUGCAGGUAUAAAUCAAACUGUUGCUGUAAACUGUUCUAGGAACACAAGACCAGUUAUUCCUAUGCUUCCCCAUGCUUCUCCAUGUUCCGAGACUGUAAUGAUCACUGCAGGGAUUGGGUUUGGAUUGGCAGGCUCUGAUGAAGAAUGAAUAAAUGGGGUGGGAGGAGGCACUAAAUGGUGGGAACUUGGAUUAGAGAGGGGAAACUCCCAUUUCUUCCUCAAUUUAAGCAACAUUUGAAAGGGGAGCAGGAAUGUCAGCUCUAUCCCCCCUUCCUGCGGAAAGGGCUCAGUAGACUCUCGGGGAAGGCUUUGAGCAGUGGGAAGUGGGGGGAAGCAACAACUGAGUAGGAAGCAAGAUGGUGCCACCUUUACAGAUGGAGCAGAGCAGACACCCCCCCCCCCUCCAAUGGAGUACAGGCAAUUCUCGUUUUGCACGGGGCUACAUUCCGGACCCCCCACACACAUCAGCAGGGCCCACAUAAAGCCUUCCGCCCUUUUAGUAAAAUUUUAAGUCGCUUCUGGCUUGGAUGCCAUGAGCAAUCACGCAUCCAUUGGCCACAGCAUGUAUGCAUUUGCAAUCCUGACAUUCCCACAAGCAAGAAUGCCACACCUUGUCUUUAACUUUUCAAACACCUUCAUCACUUCCAUCCCACUUACCUCGAUGGAAGUAAGAUCUGCUCGCAUGCUUUUGUGGUGGGAGCCUGGGAUGACUGAAGGCCCUGCUCUGAUGGGAAACACGUCACAUUUUAAGAUCAUACCUAUUCCAGUGUAACCAGGAGAGUAACACAGCAAAGCUUCAGGAUCUUCACCUUUUUCUGUUGUCAGCCAUUUCAGAAUUGAUGGUGAAUAAAACUCCUUGCCCACACAGUUCAAAGUGAAGUGUUUCAUAGCCUCAAGUCAACAAGACAGUUAUUUACACAAUAUACAUAGUUAGGAGAUGCUGGUGCGUCAGAGACUACACACUAACUAAAUAAAUACAGCAGAACUUUCCUAACUUUUCAUGUUGGUGACACACUUUUUAGACAUGCAUCAUUUCGCAACACAGUAAUUCAGAUUUACUAGCAAACCAAAGGUUAAACUAACCCUUUUCCAGCCCCAGGAGGAACAUGGGGAGCAUUUGCAGCCGACACAGUAAGGAGUCCUGACACAGUUUGGAAAGCUCUGAAGUACAGUAACCUGGUCUUAAAAAGUUGUGGUAAAAAUGGUAAAGAGACUCAAACUGGAGAGAGAUCCAUACAAAACUGCUAGAUGCUGCUGGUUAUAUGUAAGACACAUACAGACACACACUUUGGGUAAGAAAGUGGGGGUGGGGGAUGAGUCAUGCCAGAAGCCUGUGGCCUUGAGCUGUUUCAAGAGACCCACCCCAGAUGGUAUCCUAAUCCUGAACAGAAAUCAGACAUGGGGCACUUCCGGUUCGCCGCACGAGUGAGAAGGCGCAGAAGCCUCGAGCUCCGAGGCU